CUGCUGGAGCCACAACUUCACAGUUUCUCCGGUUUCUUUUCUCAAGAAGUCAGCACUGAACUCUUUCUACAAACGAUAUCUCAUCUCUACUAACCAAGAUGAAAGUUGUACUAGUCGUUCUUCUAGCGACCAUCGUAGCUUCACAGGAGAUUGCCCCUCUGCUAACAGUUGAUGAACCCAUCCCAGGGAAGUAUAUCGUCAAACUCAAGGAAGGACGGAAGAUUGAUGAUGUCGUCAUAAAUCUAGCUGGUGGCAAGGUAACCCGCAAGUUCAGCAAAGUGUUCAGUGGAUUCGCCGCCGACCUCAGCGAUGAAUUGGUUGAAGGGCUCCGUAAAUCUGAUGCUGUUGAGUUCAUCGAACAGGACGGUGUGGUUCGGGCUAGCGCAGUAGCAUCAUGGGGUCUCGAUCGCAUUGACCAGCUCGCUCUCCCACUUGAUGACAUCUACCAGUCCGACUUUGGUGACGGCAGUGGGGUAGAUGUCUACGUCCUCGAUACAGGAAUCAACUUAAAUCACGUAGACUGGCAGGGUCGAUCUUCAUAUGGAAUAGAUACAGUCAGCGGUGAUUUUGACUCUGAGGAUUGCGAUGGUCACGGAUCUCACUGCGCAGGCACAAUCGGAGGAACUCAGUAUGGUGUCGCCAAAGCAGCACAUCUUAUUGGAGUUCGUGUUCUUGAUUGCACAGGAAGUGGAUCUUACGCUGGGAUAAUUGAAGGUUGUGAAUGGGUAAUAAGCGAUAAACAGAGUAAGCAGAGUGAGAAUGUUGUGGCUUCAAUGUCAUUAGGGGGUGGUGGUAAUGCAUUACUUGAUGCCGCCAUCGAGCAAAUGGUUGAUGCUGGUAUCACGGUGGUUGUGGCAGCGGGUAACAGUGACAGGGAUGCCUGCUCAUAUUCCCCAGCUCGAGCUGAACCGGCAAUCACAGUCGGAGCUACAGAUAUCAAUGACGUUAGAGCUUCCUUCUCUAACUUUGGCUACUGUCUUGAUAUUUUUGCACCUGGUGUGGCUAUAACGUCAGCAUGGUAUGGUGAACCUGAUGCCAGUAAUACCAUCAGUGGUACCUCCAUGGCUUGCCCUCAUGUAGCAGGUGCUGCAGCAACAGUACUCGGUGCUCAACCAGGUCUCCUACCCGUUGAAGUGAAAGAAGUGCUUCAACUCAAAGCUAUACCUGAUAUAGUGUCAGAUCCAGAAGUGGGAUCUCCAAAUCUUCUCCUUUAUGUAGGGGAAGGAUCGGGUGGAGGAUUCAUUCCCACCCCACCUCCAGAAUGCAUCACGAAUUUCACCUCUCCUACUGGAAUCAUUACGAGUCCAAAUUAUCCGGGUUCAUACCCCAACAGUGAGAAAUGUUCAUACCUUAUAAUGGCCGCUAAUGAGGAGGAAAUCAUCAACCUGUCAUUCACUGAAUUCUCUUUGGAAUUCCACUCUACUUGCUUCUAUGAUUCACUCACGGUAUAUGAUGGAAACAGCCCGAGCGAUGUUGUGCUUGAUAAACUGUGUGGCAGCACCGUUCCUGGUGAUUUGACAAGCACUGGUCCGAACAUGUUACUGGUUUUUGAAAGCGAUUCCAGCGUUAGAGGUGGAGGCUUCUCUGCAGAGUACAACAUUCUACAGAUGGGAGGUUGUGGUGAUAUUAUCAGCUCUCCCGUAGCUCUAUUGACGUCACCCAACUACCCUGAUAAUUAUGGAAACCACGCUGAUUGUUCUUUCACCAUUCACGCCCCUGUUGGUCAGACUAUCACUCUAUCUUUCGACGACAUCGAUAUAGAAGAACAUGUUUCAUGCAGUUCAGAUGCAGUAGAGGUUCAUGAUGGUGAUAUGCAUGGCCCGUACCUUGAAAAGGUGUGUGGAAACACAAUCCCUUCACCAAUUACUUCCACCAAAAACUCCAUGUAUGUGAGGUUUAUCAGUGACGAGUCGGUGAAUAGACGAGGAUUCAAGGCAAUCACCAAAAUGGAAUAAUGGCAAAGACGCCCCCGACUGGCUCUUAUAAUAACAUCGUAUAAUAACGAUUAUUAAACUUGUUCUGGAACGUAUCAUUAAUUUAAUUUGAAUCUUACAAAAAGAAAUCUCAGUGAUAUACAUCCAUCUGUUAUUGUAUGUUUGCAAUUGAAACUUAGAAAAUAGAGAGGCAUGAUCGUUGAGAUUAGUCACAGUAAAUCAUAGGCCUUUAGAUAGAGUGUAUUCAUAGUUAAUGAACAUUGAUAAUUGGUGUGUCAGUUCUACUCUGGAAACAAUGCUUCAUCAAUGGUAGUUAAAAUCUAAAGAGCAUUAAGUCAAAUGUUAACGUAAAUAAAACAGAAGCUGCACAUGGAAGAUUGGAGCAAUAACUCUGAAAUAUCACAGUGAACUUAUCAAAUUCUUGAAAAUUUGAAUUUAUAACUUCAAAGGGUGGUUAAUUUGACAUGCCAGUAGAUGUAUUAGAGAUUUCAUUGCAUCAUGGGCCUUUGCAUCCAAGAAUGCUUUAAAAGUCUCAUCGCAGUAUGACAGUUUGCUUGCCAGUCGUUUUAUUACGAGUAUGUAUGACGUUGACAUAUUGAAGCGCAGUUAACCAUUAAAUUACUCCCUUGGCGAUAUAUUGAUUGCAUUGUUUUUUCAAUGCUAUUGUGAAUAAUACCUUAAUAGCUUGUAUUUCAAUUAAUUUAUUGUUAAUGCAUGAUAUAUCAAAUUGAAUAUAAAAUAAAUGUAUCAUUAGAUGAUAGUACUCCUGGAUUUGUGUUGUGAAAUCAAUAGCAUAUAUUUUAUGGUAUACAAUUACAUGGAUCUCGGGCACAAUAAUAUAUCUUUUGUCUGUAUGUGUCGUAAAUGAAUAGUUUUCUUCAGUUUCUUGUCUCAUCUGAGAAUUUCAAAUUUGAAUAAAAAUUAAGA